AUGUUGCCAGAAUACGUUCAAGAAAGAUUGGAAUCGUUGAAUGAGAUUGAUUUGAAGCUUUGUUCAUUAUUGCAAGAAACAUCGCAAAUAGUUAAUAGUUAUAGUGAAUUGAAAAGAGGUAAUAGCACGGUAAAACCUCAGUUUGAAGAACAUUUGAAAGAGUUUUAUUUAAACUUGGAUGUUGCUACCACUAAUUUGCGUAAAGAGAUUCAAUUGUUAGAUGAGAAUAUAGGGACAAGACUUCUUCCAAUUAAUGUUAAUAAGAAAGCCUUGGGUCAAGAUACAGAUGUCCUAGUAGAACAGAUUAGUCUGUUGAAGGAUAUCUUGAACGAUAAGAAGGAGGAUUAA